AAUGUGACACGUGUAUGAAUAGUCAGAGACCGUUGAAUCAUGAUAAGUUUCACUACAUAAUCUCUCUCUCUCUCUCUCUCUCUCUCUCUCUCUCAAAGGGAAAAGAAAGGUUCGGCCAUGUCUAGCAGCGGCUCUGAUCAUCCUAUUCCUCACCAACGGUUGGAAGGGAAGGUAGCACUUGUAACAGGCGGCGCUACUGGAAUCGGCGAGAGUAUUGUGAGACUCUUCCGACGGCAUGGAGCAAAGAUCUGCAUCGCUGAUGUGAAAGAUGAUCUUGGCCGUCAAUUAUGUGAGGCUCUUGAUGGAGAUCCCAACGUCUGCUUCUUCCACUGCAAUGUGACCGUUGAGGAUGAUGUCAUCCACGCCGUUGAUUUUACGGUUGAGAAGUACGGCCACCUUGAUAUAAUGGUCAACAAUGCUGGUAUGGCGGGCCCACCAGCACCUGACAUCCGUGACGCAGACAUAGAUGAAUUCCAGAGAGUAUUCGACCUGAAUGUGAAGGGCGUAUUCAUUGGAAUGAAGCAUGCGGCACGUGUGAUGAUCCCACGUGGGAAAGGCUCGAUUGUGUCCCUCGGCAGUGUGGCGAGCACUACGGGAGGAUUGGGCCCACACGCUUACACGGGCUCCAAGCAUGCGGUGGUGGGGCUCACCAAAAGCGUUGCGGCGGAGGUGGGAAAGCAUGGCAUACGUGUGAACUGCGUGUCGCCGUACGCAGUCGCCACGAGUCUGGCAUUGCCGCAUCUUCCCGCCGGGGAAACGAAGGAGGAUGUUUUGGAAGGGUUUUAUGCUUUUAUAGGGAAGAAUGCGAACUUGCAGGGGGUACGGCUGACGGCGGAUGAUGUGGCGGACGCUGUGAUGUUCCUGGCGAGCGAUGAGGCGAAGUACGUGAGUGGGGUCAAUCUCAUGGUGGAUGGAGGUUUCACAUGUGUGAAUCAUUCUCUACAGGUGUUCAGAUGAUAAAUGGGCCAGGGCUUGAAAUUAUCUGGGCUGGUCCAGCUUUGAUUUCUUGGGCAUGGGUGGGCCAUUUGCUACAAUGUUGUAAAUGGUAAGUUUGUUACUUUGAAUAAAACGUGUUGCAUGUUCUAAUUAGUAGAAA